CAAUCGCAGUCGCAGUCACUUGUAAUGUCACAUACUGGGAAAUAAAUACGACAAAUCGCGCUCUACUUUGUUCAGUUGAAAGUCGUGGUUACACAUUAAGUGAUCGAAAUGAAAAUACAGAUCUGCCAUAUAAUUGGCAUUGCCUUCGUUGCAGCCUCCUUAAAUUGCGCUUUUGCAAUUCAAGUGAACACUUCAUUGGGCAAAAUACUGGGUACAACGCUUAAAUCCCGUUUGGGAGCAGACUUCUAUGCCUUCCGAGGUAUACGCUAUGCGCAAUCACCUGUAGGAGAAUUACGCUUUCAGAACCCUAAACCAUACCCGGCUUGGAAGCCAACAGUUCUCGAUGCGACUGAAGAUGGUCCCAUGUGUCCACAAGUAACGGAAAAUAUAACCGAUUUGUCGGAGGAUUGUCUACGCUUGAAUAUUUAUACUAAGGAUUUAUACGCCAAGAAACCGGUUGUAGUAUAUUUGCACCCAGGAGGAUUUUAUGGUGUAUCAGCGCAGAGUAAAAACUUUGCUGGUCCGGAGAAUUUUAUGGAUCGCGAUAUUGUAUUGGUAACUCUAAACUAUCGCUUAGGGACAUUAGGAUUUUUGGCUUUGGGCACUGCUGAAGCGCCCGGCAAUGCUGGUUUGAAAGAUCAAGUUGAAGCACUACGUUGGAUUCAGAGUCAUAUUAGUAACUUCGGGGGGGAUCCAAAUUCAGUAACACUUUUCGGCUACAGCGCCGGUAGUUUUAGUAUUGGUUUACAUUUGAUGUCCCCCAUGUCAAAAGGAUUAUUCCACCGCGGCAUUAUGAUGAGUGCAUCGCCAUUGGGACAAUUUAACUACGAAACACGACAGAAAAGAUUGAGUGAUAGACAAGCGGAAUUGUUGAAUUGCCCGAAAGAGCCUUCAUCCGACUUGGUAAAAUGUCUAAAAAAGAAACCAAUGAUGGAUUUUGUGAAUACUUCGGCUCUAAUGUUUGAUUUCAAUUGGAACCCUGUUUUGAACUGGAUGCCAGUGAUCGAAGAAGAUUUCGGACAAGAACGCUUCUUACUGGAGAACCCUUACAAAACUAUACAAAGUUCCAAUUUCCAGAGAGUACCAAUUAUAAUUGGUAUAACGGAACAUGAGUUUGUCGGCGGAGCCUAUUAUAUACAAAAAAAUGAAACCACGAGAAGAUGGUUGAAUGAGGAGUUUGAAAAAUAUGCACCCAUUGUACUAAUGUAUGAACGAGACACAUUACGUUCCAGGAGUAUAAGUAAGACAAUGCGAUCUAAAUAUUUGGCGAAUGCCACCUUGGAGUUGCCAAACACUUUAGACUCUUUCGGGAAACUCUACUCUGACGGCAUUAUUGGCUUCGAAUAUCACCGAUUUUUGGAUCUUAUCUCUCGUCUGACGACCGUCUACACAUACCUCUUUACUUAUAAGGGUCGCUACAGUCAUUUUACUUUAAAUAACGAGGUUUAUGGCGCCGUACACCAUGAUGAAUUAUUAUACCUCUUGCAUGUACCCGUUAAGACACCGCUCUUCAAGAAAACAGAUCCCGAAAAUGUAGUUAUUGAAAAUUUAACUCGCAUGUGGGCGGAAUUUGCCAAAAGCGGAGAUCCGAAUAGUGCAACCGAUGAGUAUUUGAAAGAUAUCAAAUGGCCCCCUUAUACUGAGGAUAAGAAGUCUUACUUAGUAAUUGGGAAGGACUUGGAUAUUGGGGAGGGUGGAAUUUUCACACAGCGAUUCCAAAUUUGGGACGAGCUAUUUCCGGUGCCUAAAUUCGCCUAAAGUACACUAAUAAUGUACAUAGUUAUGUACAUUGAGAGUGAAAAUAUAUUAAAUUAAAAUUUCUAUGAGCAAAUUUGGAGUGUAUAAUUCUGUACGUAUAUUCACAUUAGGGCUCUUAAAAUUAUUCGAAUAACCUGAACACCGAUUAUUCGAAUAUCCGGUUGUUGUAUAGUUGCUCUUCUGCGAGUAUUUGAAUAAAUUAAAAUUGUCUAUAUACUGCAAA